GGCGGGCGGCCGACCCAGGUGAAAGCGGCCGCCGUCUGCCUAGCUGUGCGGCCCCACCACGCAGCCAGCCAGCCGCGCGCGCGGUCCGCCACAGUCUGCGCGCCCGAGCACGGACAGAUGAGAGCGACAGCGCUAGUGGUGGUGGCAGCCGUGGCGGCGGCGGCGGUGGCGGUGGCGAGCGGCUACGACCCGGAGGACGAGUCCCUGGCGACGGUGCUGCCGCCGCGCGGCCAGUUCGAGGCGUUCUACGGCGGGCGCGCCUUCGGCGUGGAGGACGCGGCGUCGCGGCCGGCGCACGGCCACGCCUCCUACUACGCGGAGCGCAGCCCGGCGCUCAUCAACGCGCCCAACGCCGCCGCCUACGGCUUCCGCUUCGACGGCGGCCGGCGCUUCAACUACGACCGCCGCCGUCGCCGCUAGUCGCACUCACCAGUCCGGGCCAGGGGCUCGUCGUACUCCGCCUCGUCUCAGGUUCUCCUCUAAAGACCUCAACUCGCGAGACAGGUCUCUGCCGGUGACUGCGACAGAAACUACAGUGGUGUACAGCAGAAAAGGCGAGUGUGUUUGCAUUUCCCAGAGUAUGGCACAGAAACUUGGCAGCGCCAUCGCUUUGCUGUUUGCCUUGCCUCACUCAGCGUGCUCCAGCAGUCCUCUUUCCUGGCAGUUGGUAGAUCUGGUCCAGGCUCAUUGUGGGCGGUGCAGCUUCAGCUUCUGACGCCUUUCUCAUGCAACUGAUGUACACGGGACGCCAUUGCUGCAGUGGUAAAGACUUGGCAGAUGAGUUAUACUUUUCAGAGGCAACCAAUAGGACAAAUUUAAGGCGAGAUGUGGCUAUGCCCUGAUAAGGUAGACAAUUUUGUAGAUUUAGGCUGUAACUCAUUAUUUCAAUGACGUCAUGGUACUCAUAUUUCCAAAAUACUUGUCACACACUCUGUGCUGACUCUUACAGGAUGACAAUGUAAGAAUCACCUGAAAAUGACAGUUAUCAUCUGUCUCUGAUUAAUAUAAAGCAAAAGAUACAUGUAUCGCGAUUUACAGGGUGAACGAAAAAGAUGCUGACAUUAAAUGGGUGAAAUUACGAGGCAGGGAUUUGAUUACACCCAUCUCGCUCAGUGCACUUGUAGAGCCUGUCCAUUCUACUGGACCAUCUGCGCAGGGAUAGAAGGACCUCACUGUUUGGACGCUUCAGAUCGUCUGUGUUGCUUGAUUUGAUGGCGGAGACACGAUCCUUGACCAUGCCGCACAGUCAAAAAACGCAUGGCGUCAGGUCGGGUGAACGUGCUGGCGAGUGGAAAGGAUGACCUCUAGCAAUCCAACGUUUACCGAACGUGUCGUUCAGGUAAUCCCGACCCAUGUGACUGUAAUGGGCAGAGGUGCCGUCUUGGUGAAAGUACCCUCGCUGGAGGAUGGAAAGUGGCGCGUUCUCCUCCAUGAACGUGCUGAACAUGCCAAGUUAAUUCUCUCCCCUGAUUGUCUGUUCUUCAAAAAAGAAGGAUCCAGUCACUCCACAGCAAACGUUCACCCUGGGAGAAUCCCGCACGUGCUUUCGAACUUCCAGGUGGUGCUCGGUCGUCCAGAUGACACAGUUAUGCUUGUUCACACGACCACUGAUAUGGAAUGUUGCUUUGUCAGAAAACGUGAACAGAAUGUCACGCUCCAAGUGCACCAUUUCCAACAUAAUUUGCGCAGCAAUCACACGUAAUUACUUGCCCGCGUUUGUGAGUUGCUGCACAAUCUGCAAGUGGUUUGGCUCCAUUCCUAAAUCAUAGUGCAAAAUUCUAAGCACUGACCUUUGAGAAACGUUAGCCUCUAGAGAAAGUCUACUCGAGGACUUGGUUGGGCUGGCUAUUGUUGGUCCUUGGAUGAGGAUGAUAUUCUCUUCAGUUCGGACAGAUCUCUUGCUACCGCUGUUUCCCUUGCAAUUGUCUUGAGCAGACAAACUUCUUGUAGAUCCUACCAACUGUCAGGCGCGAUGGCGCAUUCCGUCCAAUCCAGGCCUUGAAAGUUUCUUGCAUGAUGCUUGAGGACUGAAAACCUCCAGCCACGAAAUUAUCUCCCUUCGUUCCUCAAUGGAAUAUUGGGACGCCACGGUUUAAUCAAGGGAAAAACAAAAAAAGAGAACACCCAUUUAAUGUUUACAUCUUUUUGCCCCACUGUAUUUUCAAGUAGAACUGAACUAAAUUUACUACCUAUUAGUAGACUAAAACCCUUUGCCAGAUUGAUAUUGAGGCUGGGUGAUCAUCUUAGAGGGAACUGAAGUCAUGUAUUGUUUGUGUGAAUUCAUGAACUGCUCCUUGUUUACUUUUGGGACCAACAAUAAAAGAAUUUUCAUAAUGUUCGAGUUUUGAUUAAUUAAUUUUACAGAUUGGUUUCCGAGUUCAAACAGCUCAUGGAAAUAUCUUAGAAUAAAAUGAAAGAGUUCUUAGAGUAAAACUCUUAAUUUAGUAUUCGAAAAUUGUGUCCUUUCCCGUUUUGUGGAAACCAGUGUCUCCAUUUUUUGUGUAGCCACUGUAAUUUCGCAACUUAACAUUUCAACUGCCAUUUUCUGUUUCUAUCGGCUCAUUUGUCAUUGUAAAUUGCUUAAACUUUCCUGAUGUUUGAUUUUCACUCGUUUAUGUCUAUCUGUAUGUCUGUUUCUCUCUCUCUCUCUCUCUCUCUCUCUCUCUCUGUGUGUGUGUGUGUGUGUGUCUGAUUGUGUGUCGCAGUGAAAUCUGAGACCCCCAUUUCUAUAACAUAGAUAAAAUCCUAAAUAUGCCAGUGUUAUUAUUUCUGGAUGCCUUGGUUCUCUGAGUGUUUUUCGCAACAGGCAAAGGUCUUGGUUUGAGUUCUGCAGUUCAGUACAAAACUUAUAUUUUUCUGUGGAAAUAAAUGUGCUGAUAAAGUUUGAA